AUGGCCUCUAGAACAGUACUCAAAGCACUGACUUGUCUCUUCUUACUCACUAGAACAACCUUUUCCAUGCCUUCAUUUGACCAUGGCUCUCUUUUGCCAAUUGGUAGUGUCUUGAAUCCGAGAUCGGUACCAUUUGAGAUCCGAGGUGUAUAUGGCGGCCGCAAGAAGCGUUACAUUGUGGAGAGAGAAGAAGCUGCAUGCUCCAGAGAGUGUAGAGAGAAGCCCAUCUGCUUGCCUACACUUGGAGAGAUCAUCAAGGACUGCAAAUGCCAGAAGUGCCCCACCGGCGUCCCUGCUCUCGACGGGAAGGCGUGUGAAGAAAACUGUCCACAAGGUCAAGAAAAGAACGGCAAAGGGGGAUGUUGUCCUGCUGGACAGAAGCCCAAGGCGAAGGGCGAUGGGUGCGAGGCUAAACAGGACGGCAAUGACAAGAAGGGCCAAUGUCCAGGUGACACAGUCCUCGAUCCCAAAGAAGGAUGGGACCCCAAAACUGGGAGUCCUAAAUGCCAAAUCGACGACGAGAAGAAUUGCCCGAAGCCCAAGAUCCCGGCAACCCGCCCAGAAGGUAAGGAGAGUGAUGCCUCUUAUAAAGUGGAGUGCGGAGAGCCGGAUAAGGACGAGAGCAAGAGACCCAAAUGUGACGCGAAGUCACAUUAUGUAUACGUAUUCGUGGAUUCGGAGGGCAAAGCUGUAGAAAGUUGCAAGCAGACGAAGAAGUACCAGGAUCGGAAGAAGGGUAAGCCCACGAAUAGUGAUAUCAGGGCCAAGAUCAAGGAACAAUUCAACAAGCUCAAGCCUGAGUAUGACAAGAAGGAUCAAGCGAGAAAGGACUCGCUCAAGAGAUUGAAAGAACUCCAAGAGCAGAGAGAUAAAGAUAUGAAAGAAAGGGAUAGUAAGCUGAAGGAAGAGAAUGACAAGAAAAAGGGACGUCAAGUCGAGUGUGACACAUGCAUUGCACUUCUGUUAGGUGCAGCCUUCAGCGAAGCAAGAAAGGGGAGGCGUGAUGGGGAAGAGCACCCGUAUGAUUGGACGACUGAUUAUUUCGACGAGGAAUUUGUUGGUUCGGACGAUCGUCUCAAAGAAUGGCCCGAAGAAGUUGAUAUCAAUCAGAUCUCAGCCGAAGUUGAUACAAAGGCAUUCUUGAAGCAGUGGGACGAAUACAUCGAUGAUCAUAAAAGGACCGGUCAUCCAUGCAAUUUUAUCGGCAAACGGUCACUUGACCGCCGAUGUUCGCAAAAGAGGUCCUCGGAAGAUUGGUAUGGCGACAUCAAUCUGGACACUCGUUCCGACAAUACUUCUUCUUUGGGCGAAACAGACGCUGGGCCCAUGUUUCAUCCGGAAGUGACUUCCCGCAACACUGAAGAGCUUGAGAAAAGGAAUCCUUUUGCGUUAUUGUUUAGUGUUCUUGCCCAAUUUGGUGGGAGACUAGCAGUGCAAGCCGUCGCUCGCCCAACGGCCGCUGUUGCAGCAAACUCGCCACGGCUCGCCAGUCUCCUGAAGACUCCAGAUCGGCUAUUCCAGAUUGCAGCAAAGGGACAAGGAACGAAAGCUGGCACUAAGGGCAUGGAGAAUGCUAAAGUAGCCAUCAGAAAAGAUUACAAGAGAUGGGCAAAGUGUCUCAAAGAAGGCUUACCUUGA